GCCACAGCAGCUGAGCAUUCCAAAUUCUGGAACCACAAGAAAGGCCAGUCUCUCUUCAGCAUGGGAUCUUCUGGACUUUUGAGCCUCUUGGUGCUAUUCAUCUUCUUAGUAAAUGUCCAGGGACCUGGUCUGACUGAUUGGUUAUUUGCCAAGAGAUGUCCCAGAAUCAAAGAAGAAUGUGCAUUCAAAGAAAGGGAUGUGUGUACAAAGGACAGACAAUGCCAGGACAACAAGAAGUGUUGUGUCUUCAGCUGCGGAAAAAAAUGUUUUGAUGUCACACAAGAUGUAUGUGAAAUGCCAAAGGAAACUGGCCCCUGCAUGGCUUUUUUCCGUCGUUGGUGGUAUGACAAGAAAAAUGAUACUUGCUCCAUCUUUAUCUAUGGCGGCUGCCAGGGAAACAAUAACAACUUCCAAUCCAAAACCAACUGCCUGAACACCUGCAAGAAAAAACGUUCAUGUCCCAAAAUCCGAGUGAGAUGCCCAAUGGAUGAAAUAGAUCAGUGUACCCAACACAGCGAAUGCCCGAAAGACAUGAAGUGUUGCAUGUACAGCUGUGGAAAUAAAUGUGUAGCUCUCAAAGAAGGUAACUCAGAUACUUUCUGAAUUACCCAAUGUCCUCAUCUCCUGCCCCCACCUGCACUGCACUAACUCUCCUGGUUCACUGAUGGCUGGUCUCUGACCAAGAGUCUAGGUAUGUCUUCUACUUGACACAAAUCUAUCAGUCCUGGACUUGGGAGACAUGGAUUUUGUUUCAUUUCUUCCCCUAUUUUGGUAUGUGAUGUGAACAAUGUAGUUUUCCUUUCUGGGCCUCAGUUUCCCUGUCCAUAAGACAGGCGUUGAUAUGGGACCACAUGGUCUCUUGGCUACUCUUCAGUGAUUCUCGAGAUGCCAAGUAGUCACUGAAGUCUCAUCAA